AUGGAGGACGGCGUGGCCCGGGCCCGGCGCGGGGCGGCGGCCGAGGCGGCCCCGACGCGGGCGCGGCCCGGGGUGACGCUGCGGCCCUUCGCGCCCUUCCCGCCGGGGACGGCCGACCCGGAUCAGGGCGGCGGCGGCGACUGGAGCUUCAUCGACUGCGCGAUGGAGGAGGUGGACCUGCAGGACCUGCCCAGCGCCACCAUCGCCUGCCACCUGGACCCGCGCGUGUUCGCGGACGGCCUGUGCCGGGCCAAAUUUGAAUCCCUCUUCAGGACGUACGACAAGGAUAUCACCUUCCAGUAUUUUAAGAGCUUCAAGCGCGUCCGGAUCAACUUCAGCAACCCCUUAUCCGCGGCCGAUGCCCGGCUGCGGCUGCACAAGACCGAGUUUCUGGGGAAGGAAAUGAAGUUAUAUUUUGCUCAGACCUUACACAUAGGAAGCUCCCACCUGGCGCCCCCCAACCCAGACAAGCAGUUCCUCAUCUCUCCCCCCGCCUCCCCACCCGUGGGCUGGAAGCAAGUGGAGGACGCCACCCCCGUCAUCAACUACGACCUUUUAUACGCCAUCUCCAAGCUGGGGCCGGGGGAGAAGUAUGAACUGCACGCGGCGACGGACACCACCCCCAGCGUGGUGGUCCACGUGUGCGAGAGCGACCAGGAGAACGAGGAGGAGGACGAGAUGGAGAGAAUGAAGAGACCCAAGCCAAAAAUUAUCCAGACGCGAAGGCCAGAGUACACGCCCAUCCACCUGAGCUGAACCGGCCCACGGAGGAAGGGCGUGCGUGGAGGAAUCUUUUACUGUGCCGCCGGCCGGUCACGGCUCUGGGAGGCGGCAGCCGCGACUCACGGCGGUGGAGGAGAACCGAGGCCCCGCCGCCCCUCAGCCCGCGUCCGUGGCUCCCGGGAACGCCCUGGGCCACUCACUCGCGUGUGUGGCGCUCGCACGGGGACACUGGGACGUGUCUUGAGGAAACCGAUCGUGCUAGUGUUUUGUACUCAUUCUUUUCUGGUAGGUUCCGUGUUUGCCAGGCUGGUCAGCGGGACCCGGGGUGGGGGGGAGUUUUCUGUUUCUCUCCGGGGGCCCAGCAGGCCCGGCCGAAGACAGCCGGUGUAUGUGGAAAUGCGUAGCGUUCCAUGUCUUCCCUCCUGUUCUCCUACCUGUGCAUGUACGCUGUUGGUUUUCCAGACUGCCCCUCUGUUCCCGUGGGAAGGUACAUGGCGCUUCCCAGCCCCCCCCCCACCCCCCGGGAAGCCCGGGCCACGGCCCUCCGCGGUGGAGGGUGUCCAGCCUGCAUUGCCUUCGCCCGGCACCUGGCAGGUACAUCAUGUAACUUGUGAUUUUUUUUUUUUUUUUUUUGCAAAAACCUGGAAUUCCUGUGUAGUUUAGCUUGGAAAAUUCAAGAGAAUAGCAGUUUCACUGCCAACUUCUAGGGGGCGAGAAAUGUUCCUUUGGGGUGUUUGGGGUCCGCCAUUGGUUUCCAUUGUCCCGUUUUGUUUUAUGUAGCGGUUUGUGUGUGUGUGUGUGAAUCGUAGCCAAGCAUCUGGGGAGCUGUUGGUUGAGGUAGUUGGUUUUACACACCCUCCCCCCCUCCCACCCCCACCCCCACGGAAACCUCAAGAUAAACUUGUAAAUAAAGCUGGCAGUGUCUUUCCGUUCGUGUUACACACUUGGGAUGGAGCAGUGGGCAGCGGAAGGGUUGCGUGAUGUAUUAACCUACCUGUGACUUGUCUGUGGUAGCAAACGCCGAGCCCGUGUCGAACCGGGUUGAAUUCACGAAGCAUGUCAAGUGAGUCGUAGAUGUGUGUUGAUACGAGAAAGGGUGCAGUGCCUUCCCCCCCCACCCCCCCCCCCACGGAUUCCUGCGGGGACCGUCACACUAGCGGAACGUUUGUAAUGUUUUUUCUAGUCGUAAUGUGUAUGUCCGGUAAAUAGAUAUUAUAUUUUGGCCUUACAAUACCAUCACAAAGUUUGUCACUUGGAAACACCUAUUGCCAAGUUAACAAUGCAUGCUUUGGAAAUUCGGGAGAUGGUUUUCUUUCGUAAGGGCAGAUCUGUGUGCAUUGAAGUCUUUGGCUGUUCCUAACAAGAGCUCGGUUGAAUGUUCUCACACCUCUGUUUACAGUACUGGGGAGGAGACACCGCGGUCAGGGAGAGGCCAUGAUAGCUGUUCAAGUGUUUCUAGUUAAGUGCUUUUAAACCGGAGAGGCUAACCUCAAAGUAUUUUUUUUAACUGCAUUCGAUAAUAAAUCAGCACAAUAUGCUCUUUAUGGAAAA